AAAGAUAAUCAUGGGAGGGUACUAAUUCUAUUGCCUAGCUACGCACGUGAAAAGAAGUUGGCUCAGGAUCAACCUCCUUUCAUGUAUCCUAUAAAAUGGCACUUAAUUUUUCUUAAGCAUCCUAGAUUUUAUACUCUUGUCUCUCAUUAGAGAUAUUUAUUUAGUUUCAAUGGCUUUUCAGGAAAUCCUGGAUCAAGUUGGCAGCCUGGGAAGAUUCCAGAUCCUUCAAAUUGCUUUCCUUAUUCUCUCUAAUUGCUUGGCAUUCAUUCAUGUUCCCUUGGAGAACUUCACGGCAGCCACCCCUGAGCACCGCUGCUGGGUGCACGUCCUCGACAACCACACUGUCGCUCACAACCACACGGCCACCCUCAGCCAGCAGGACCUCCUGAGAAUCUCCAUCCCACUGGACUCAAACCUCAGGCCAAAGAAGUGCCGCCGCUUUGUCCAGCCCCAAUGGCAGCUGCUCCACCUGAACAAGACCUUGUGGAACGCCAGUGAGGCAGACACAGAGCCCUGUGUGGAUGGCUGGGUGUAUGACAAAAGCUCCUUCCCUUCCACCACUGUGACUGAGUGGGAUCUGGUGUGUGAAUUUCAGUCACUGAAUUCAAUAAAUAAAUUCCUGGUGACAGCUGGGAUGUUCGUGGGAAACAUACUAUAUGGUCAUUUAACAGACAGGUUUGGAAGGAGGCUAAUUAUCAUCAGCUGUUUGCUGAUGCUGGCCGUUGCUGACACGUGCGUAGCUUUCACUCCCACCUUCCCCCUUUACUGUGCCCUGCGCUUCCUGGCUGGGAUGUCCUCCUUGGGCAUCAUGUUGAACACCCCUGUGCUCGCUGUAGAAUGGACAGGACCCAAGUUCCAAGCCACGGUGAUGAUGUGCUUAUUCUGUUCUGCUGGCUUUGGACAAGUAUUAUUGGGAGGCCUGGCUUAUUUUGUUCAUAAUUGGCACAUCCUUCAGCUAGCACUGUCUAUACCCAUCUUUUUCUUACUUCCAUUCACAAGGUGGCUGGCAGAGUCUGCUCGGUGGUUGCUCAUCACCAACAAACCCCAGGAGGGCUUAAAGGAGCUGCGGAGAGCUGCGCGCAUAAAUGGAAUGAAGAAUUACAGAGACACACUAACCAUGGAGGUGGUGAGAGCCACCAUGAACGAGGAGCUAGAGAUGACAAAGGCAAAACCUUCUCUGGGCGACCUGCUCCGUGCUCCCACCCUGUGUAAGCGGAUCUGUCUCUUGUCCUUUGUGAGAUUUGCAUCACUUCUAUCUGGUUAUGGCAUAUUACUUAACCUCCAGCACUUGAGAAGUAAUAUUUUUCUGCUGCAGAUUCUCCUUGGUGUCCUGAGCGUCCCAACUAAUUAUGUAACAUUUAUUGUGCUGAAUCACCUGGGCCGUCGAAUAAGUCAAUUUCUUUUCAUGUUCUUUUUGGGGAUCUUCAUUCUGACUAUCAUGUUUGUGCCUCAAGAAAUGCAGACCCUUGGCCUGGUUGUGUCAACUUUGGGAGGAGAACUUGUGUUUGCUAGCAUUUCCUGUUUGCUGACCCAUGCAAACGAACUACUCCCCACCGUAAUCAGGGCAACCGCUCUGGGAAUCACUGGAAUUGCUGGUAGCACUGGGUCCUCGCUGGCUUCCCUGUUGAUGAUUCUAGCGGUGUAUUCUGAGCCCUUGCCCUGGAUCAUCUAUGGAGCCUUCUCUAUUCUUGGUGGCCUUGUGGCCCUCCUCCUUCCUGAAACCAAGAACCGGCCUCUGCCUGACUCCAUCGAAGAUGUGGAAAAUGAGAGGAGAUGCUCAAGACAAGCAAAGCGGGAAGAUACCUUCAUCAAAGUAACACAGUUUUAAGGAAUUUUGGUAAUAGACCUCUACUGAAAGAGCAAGAUGAAGGAAAAACAGAACCAGUAUUCUUAAACUAGUAAAUGUGUUGUAAUAAAGUGACCAAUAGAUAACAUGGAUCACAUUUAAAUUUUCAACACUAAAUUAUAUAUACAUAUAUGUGUGCAUAUAUAUCUAAUCUAGGUUAAUCAUAAUCAGUUGAAGGGAACUGGAAUUCCUUGAAAGGAAUCCUGAUAGGAAUUAUUUUUGUAGAUAAGUAUUAUAUUUCUAGAUAAGGUACUGUUUAUUCAGCUUCCCAUGGCUGUAACAAAAUACCUGAGAAAACUCACCGAAAAGGAGCUAAGUGUUAUUCAGGGGUUUCAGUCCAUAGGCCCUUGGCUAUAUUGUUUCUGAGCUUGUGGUGAAGCUAUUCCUUGUGGCAGAAGGGUGUCCCAGAAAAAAACUCCUCAAUUCCUCAAUUCAUGGGGGAGGGGGGAUGGAUAGAGACAGAGA